AGCUUCUACUAAAUCAUCUCGAAUUAAAACUCUCCUGCAUUAAGUGUUCCACAGAAGCAAAGCUAAGCCAUGAGCUUCAAUACCUCUGCUGGGGGUCGACAAGCCUCCACAACUACAUUUGAGUUUGGAAGGACUUAUGUAGUGAGGCCGAAAGCCAGGCACUUAGCAACCAUAGUUUGGCUACAUGGCCUUGGUGAUAAAGGCUCAAGCUGGUCGCAACAAUUGGAAGGCCUUCCUCUCCCUAAUGUAAAAUGGAUUUGUCCAACGGCUCCCACUCGUCCAGUGUCUCUAUUUGGUGGAUUUCCUUGCACUGCCUGGUUUGAUGUGCAAGAUAUUUCUGAGGAUGCACCCGAUGAUGUGGAAGGAUUGGAUGCCUCAGCAGCCCAUGUUGCAAAUCUCUUGUCGACAGAACCUGCUGGAAUCAAAUUAGGCAUCGGAGGGUUUAGCAUGGGCGCUGCAACAGCUCUUUACUCAGCCAUGUGCCACAUUUUUGGUCAGUAUGGGCACCGGAGCCAAUACCCAGUUAACCCGAGCUUCAUUGUUGGUCUUAGCGGUUGGCUUCCAUGUUCCAGGACAUUAAGGAUUCGGGUUGAAGGAUCACCCGAGGCUGGGCGACGUGCAAGAUCAUUGCCCAUUUUGCUCUGUCAUGGCUCUGAGGACGAUGUGGUCGGCCAUGAGCAUGGAGAAAAGUCUGCGCGAGUGCUGAGUUCUGCUGGAUUUCAAAAUCUUACAUUUAGGUCAUAUAACAGGCUUGGUCAUUACACAAUUCCUGAAGAGAUGGAUGUUGUUUGUCAGUGGUUGACUGCGAGAUUGGGGUUUUAGGGCACUAGCACGAACAAUUUUGGGAGGUGACUCUGGGUAUACGGGGAAAGAAGCACUAAAACUUAGAGCAUAGUAAUAACUAUACAAGUAGAAGCAGCUCUUGAAACUGGGAAGUUUGUGAGCAAUAACAGGCAGCAUAGCAUGCUCUCGGGGAUACCUAUGUUGGUUUAAAUGUUCUGUUUUAGUAGCAUUGUCGAAUUUCUUUCAUCUACACCAUUAAUGUUGGUGAACUGGUUUACAUACAUGAUACAUACAGGUGGUGGCAAUCAUUAUGAAUAGGGUAUUACUCUGUCCAUGGCUUCUGCUGCAUCUUUCUUGUUGGAAUUAGAACGAGAGUGAGCAAGUGUUGUAAUGGAAUUGGAAUGUAAUGGAAGCGUAUCUUUUAUUAAUUGGUUAAUUAAUUCAUAUAUUACCUUACUCCAA